UUUAUUUUAUUUGAAUGUGAAGAUAUCUGUGAUGUUGAUGUGAAACGAUGGGAUCUGGAUCUAGUAAAGAAAGGACAGGUGGGGUUGAUACGAGGGGAGGGAGCUCAAAACCAGUGACUGUUGCUAAUGUAAAUAACAACGUACCUGUUAAGUCCACGACGGGUCUUUCCAAAAGCGGAAUCAAUACGGACACCGGAACGACGACUCAAUCGCCGACGAAAUCCCCCGUCAAAGACUCCAGUGUUGACAAGACUACUACGGAACGUUCUCCAAGUAAAGCAGUUAAAACUGACUCUAAAACCUCCAAUAAAUUAGAAUGGAAUAGUGACUCCGACCUCGACGAUGAUGAUGAAUGGGACGACUUCCUUGGAACGACAACUUCAAAACCAGUGCCAAAAACAGACUCAAAGGUGUCCCACAGGGAACAAGAGCAGAACUCUGUUAACGAAAUCAAGUCCCAGGAACUGUAUCCCGAGACCUACGCACAGCGCCAUACGAGACAACAGUACACAUUCGGGCAGGAUAGGUUGAUUCGAGAGAAGACGAUCUACAGGAACCCAGACGAGUGGGUCGUAGACGAAGAGAAGGAAGAAGAAAAGGGAACAGUUGAG